UGCGAUCCCCCAGUAAAUCAAGAGAAGAAGUCCGUGUCCUUGCAUUAGCCGUCAUGGGGUACUGGGAGCUAAAGGAGGGCUCGGACUGCGUCGAGAAAACAUGGAUCACGACCAAACUCGGCACAGCUUUAGGCCUGGUGGGUUCAGCCUAUCACAUCGUGGCAUUCCAGCCUGAUUCAGCAAUGGCAGCACUACAGAGAGCUACGAACACAACUGUAACCAUGGCUACCAUGGGAGCAAUCUUUGGCAUGGCAACGUGUCUUACUGCUCAGGCUCGUGAAGCCCCAGAUGACCCACUGAAUUACUUCAUUGGGGGCUGCGCCUCUGGGAUCUUCCUGGGUGCCAGAACUCACAGUGCUAUGACUGGAACAUCGGCAUGUCUGGGUUUGGGUUCACUGGCCUUCUUCACUAAAGUAGGCAAGAUGGAGGGAUGGAAGCUAGCUGGAGCCCCUAAACUAUGAGUGGAUAAAUGCUGUAAAAUUUAAAUGUAUGUUGUGAAAAGAUUUACUUUAAUAAAGUUCUUGUGAAAAUGUUA